AUGGUGACAUUCACGGCGUGCCGGAGCAAGCCGGAGCUGGUGUUGCCCGCGCGGGCGACGCCACGCGAGGUGAGGUCGCUGUCCGACGUCGACCGCCAGCCAAUACUACGAUCAUACACGACUGUCAUCGAAUUCUUCCGGUGCCUCGUCCCCGGAGGGGCGCCGGCGCAGCCGGCAAGUGCCCUCAAGGCCGGCCUGGCGGAGGCGCUGGUGCACUACUACCCCGUCGCCGGUCGCCUGCGGGAGCUCCCAGUCCCGCACGGGAAGAAGCUGGUGGUGGACUGCACGGCGGAGGGCGUGGUGUUCGUGGAGGCGCACGCCAACGUGCGGUUGGAGGAGUUCGCCAUGCCGCUGGUGCCACCGUACCCCUGCGUCGACGAGCUCGUGUGCGACGUGGGCGACGCUGGAGCUAUCGUCGGCAAGCCCUUGCUCUACUUGCAGAUGACGCAGCUUCGAUGCGGAGGCAUCGUCCUGGCGUUGACAAUGUGCCACAGCGUCGUGGAUGCCUUCGGUUUGGUCCAGAUCUUCAGAUGCAUCCUUGACCUUGCACGGGGUGAAGCACAGCCCGCCGUAUUGCCUUCGUGGGAGAGGCACCUUCUCACAUCUUCCUUCUCACCGGAGGCUGCCGCCAUGGCUGAGGAGGCAGCCCACGACGACUCCUCCGAGGCGCAGACAUCAUCAACGCCGGCACCACCACCACUGCCACUCGAUGAGGAAGAAAUGGUGACCCGAUCAUUCCUAUUCGGCCCAAGGGAGGUAGCCGUUCUAAGGAGCGGCGUGCCAGCGCGCCUCGGCCGAUCCUCCACCGUGUUCGAGCUCAUCACGGCGGCCGUGUGGCGGUGCCGGGCGGCAGCGCUGGAGCACGCGUCCCAUGACCGGGUAAGCGUCUGGUUCCUCUCAAACGCCCGCGGGAGCUGGAAGCGCGACCCGCCGCUCCCGACAGGGUUCUACGGCAACGCGCCCUUCAUCGCGAGGGCGGAGGCCGCCGCCGGCGAGCUGUGCGACGGUGGUCUCGCGCGCGCGGUCGAGCUCGUCCACGAGGCCAAGCUCCGCGUGACGGACGAACACGUGCGGUCGGUGCUGGACCUCAUGGCAAGGGGCGAGUACCGCGUGGAUCCGGACCUGGACCAGACGUUCCUGGUGUCGGACAUAACCCGCUGCGGGGACGACUCGCUGAACCUAGGUUGCUGGGCGGAGCGCGUCGGCGGCGGUGCGCCGGGCCUGGGUCCCGGCCAUGGCUUUGCCAGGAGCCCUCCGAGUUUUUUUAUGAGCUGUAAGGACGCCAAUGGCGACGUCUGUGUCGUGGUGCCCAUGUGCUUGCCGGAGACGGCGAUGGCGAGGUUCGCGUCUCAGAUCGCCGCCUUGACAAACGUUCCCAUCGCGAGGAGCUCGAUGUAG